AAAUUUUUCUAAUGUUCAAGCCGGGGUUUGGGCCUAGGCAUUCGGCAUAUAGGCGGAAAUGAUAACCUCUGCGUCACGGUAGCCACCGAAGAAAAAAUAACAGUUAUCAAUUAUUUCAAGAUCGGAAUUACUGAAUAUGGAAAGGACGCAAUGCAUCGCCGAGUAUAAAUAUCUUUUUGCAAUAUGCUUGACAAAAUGGUAGCAGAGAUAGAAAAGAACGUAUUCCUUUUGCAAACCACUCGUAAUUAAAGAAGUUCGAUCUUCCAAAACAAAGAUGUUUAAUGUUAUGCAUUUUUUUUCAAUGUAUUUUGUGUUGACAAGAGCUAUGAAUGAAGUUCGUAUUUUAAAGAUUCUACCUACCUACCUAUGUUUUAUAGUUCAGUUGUCAAACUUUUGAAUUCAAGAAAGAACACAAAAUUUUUUUCAAAAAAGGAAAGAACAAAAGAAUUAAAUCAAAAACUGAAAAGAAACUCAACAAACAAACAAUCAAAUAUGGAUACAUUCAACCAAUUCGUGGAGUCCGAAUUUGGAGCAACCGAGGAACAUGGAAUUCGUGCAAAUAACAACAUUGACGAUUCUUGUUCUGCGAAUGAGGCCCAUCAAGAACGGCACGGAAGAGAGUCGUCAAAACGUUUUCCUGACCAUCCCGCGGCAAGAAACGAAAAUGAAGUCUUUGAUUGUGAUUGCGGGGCGAAUGGGGACAAUGGUGGAUUGGGAGGAACUAGUUGCGUUGAGGGUAAGUAUUGCAAAAUGUGUUCAUUUCAAUUGUGUUUAAAUAUGUAUCUCGUUUGUAAAAAAAAAUAAGGAACAUUUUGUUAA